CCAUCGUCGCCGUCCAAUUGGAGCAGCCAGCCGCCGGUCGUCCACCCCUACCGUUCGACCACGCCGACAUCGCAGACCUCCGCCUCCUCGCCGCACCAGCCAACUGCGGCCUUACUGUCGCCGGAAGCCCGUCGCCUUCAGCCAGGGUCAGCGCCGCCGACGACGGUCUCCAAUCGCCGUUGUUUCGUCUUCGCCGGAAGUCCGCCGCCAUCAUCGCCGUCGAGUCCAGCGCCGGUCGCCCUUCCCCAGCCAGUCGCCGUCGCUGUUUCCUUCGCCAGUAGCUGCCGCCAUCAUCGCCGCCGGGUGCAGCGCCGCCACGCCGAGCGCUGGACGUCGCCUCCACUACCGGCGUCCUUCCUCGCCGACGAAUUGCAGCGCCGCCAGUCGCUGCUCACCGCCGUCGAGUUGCCGCUCCGCCACUGUCGCCGGCGUCCGUCACCGUCGCCGCAUCCAGCCGCUGCCCCGAGUUGAUAUCGCCGGCAGAUUAACCUCCACGCCGGAUUGAUUGGUCGAUUUCGCAUUUUGACUCAAUU